GGCUCGCGGAGCCGGAAGGGACGCGCGUGACCGUUGUCUCCCAGACUGGGGUCGCUGUGGCGGGGGCCGGGCCGCACGCGCGGAAGGACGAGCCUGGGGAGCGCCGGCCGCUCUGCAACCGCGCACUGCUGUGGCCUCCGGCGGCGUCGCCCCCACGCGUCUGUUUGUUGACACGUUGUCGCGGCUACCGCUUCGGCUUAGACGACCGGAGGCGCUAAGAGGCACCUUUACGGUCCCCAGGCCCAGCAAGGGGCGCGCGUGGCAGGCUCCGCGGAACCCAGGCCCGACGUGGCUGGGCCUCCCGUGGGGAAGGGUCCGAGUUAGCGUCCUCGGGGCCUCGGGCCCCUUCGUCUGUCCCCACUCCCCGUCAUCUGGAGUUGACGGAAUUCCUGCUACAUCUUAGCUCCACCAUGAGUCUUGAUAUCCAGUGUGAGCAGCUGAGUGACACCAGGUGGACAGAACUCCUCCCGCUGAUCCAGCAGUGCCAAGUGGUGAGGCUGGAUGACUGUGGCCUCACGGAGGUGCGCUGUCAAGACAUGAGCUCUGCGCUGCGAGCCAACCCUGCCCUGACGGAGCUCGACCUGCGCACGAACGAGCUGGGCGAUGCUGGCGUGCAGCUGGUGCUGCAGGCGCUACAGGGCCCCACCUGCACAAUCCAGAAGCUGAGCCUACAGAACUGCUGCCUGACAGAGGCAGGCUGUGGGGUCCUGCCCAGUGUGCUGCGCUCGGUGCCCAGCCUGCGAGAGCUGCACCUCAGUGACAACCCCUUGGGGGACGCCGGCCUGAAGCUGCUCUGUGAGGGACUGCUGAACCCCCAGUGCCACCUUGAAAAGCUGCAGUUGGAGUACUGUAACCUCACGGCUGCCAGCUGCGAGUUCCUGGCCUCCGUGCUCAGGGCCAAGCCGGACUUCAAGGAGCUCAUAGUGAGCAACAACGACCUCGGCGAAGCCGGUGUCCGCACGCUGUGUCAAGGCCUCAAAGACUCUGCUUGCACGCUGGAGGCGCUCAAGCUGGAGAACUGCGGAGUCACAGCCACCAACUGUAGAGACUUGUGCAGCGCUGUGGCCUCCAAGACCUCGCUGCAGGAGCUGGAUCUGGGCAGCAACAGGCUGGGCGAUGCGGGGCUCGCAGAGCUGUGCCCGGGGCUACUGCGCCCCAGCUCCAGGCUCCGGACUCUGUGGCUGUGGGAGUGCGGCAUCACUGCCGAGGGCUGCCGCGAGCUGUGCCGCGUGUUGUGCUCCCUGGAGAGCUUGCGGGAGCUCAGCCUGGCCGGGAACGAGCUGGGGGACGCGGGCGCGCAGCUGCUGUGCGAGAGCUUGCUGGCGCCUGGCUGCCGGCUGGAGUCGCUGUGGGUGAAGACCUGCAGCCUCACCGCCGCAUGCUGCCCCCUCUUCAGCUCGGUGCUGGCCCAGAACAAGUGUCUUCUGGAGCUGCAGAUAAGCUGCAACCCACUGGGUGAUGCAGGCGUGCAGACGCUGUGCCAGGGCCUGGGCCAGCCUGGGGCCGUCUUGCGCGUGCUCUGGCUGGGGGACUGUGAUGUGAGUGAUGUUGGCUGCAGCAGCCUUGCCUCAACACUGCUGGCCAACCACAGCCUGCGCGAGCUGGACCUCAGCAACAACCGCAUGGGAGAUGAUGGUGUCCGGCAGCUGAUGGGGAGCCUCCGGCAGCCGGGAUGUGCCCUAGAGCAGCUGGUGCUAUAUGACAUCUACUGGUCUGAAGAGAUGGACAACCAGCUGCGUGCCCUGGAGGAGGACAAGCCGUCCUUGAGGAUCAUCUCCUAAGAUGCUUCUGGCUCCUGAAACCUGGUCUCCCUGGACAAUGCCUCAGUCCACGCCUCUGGAGCUGACCAGCUCCCCCAGGGCUGUCUCUGGGUCCUAGCUUUGACUAACGAGAAAUGCUCAAAAUAGCUUAUUUAACAAGAAAAUUUUAGAUACUGUAUAAUCAUUAAAGCGCUUGAUAGCUGGA